AUGAACAUGUCAGUGUUGACUUUGCAAGAAUAUGAAUUUGAAAAGCAAUUCAAGGAGAAUGAAGCCAUCCAGUGGAUGCAAGAGAACUGGAAGAAAUCGUUCUUGUUUUCAGCUCUGUACGCUGCCUUUAUAUUCGGUGGUCGGCACCUAAUGAACAAGCGAGCUAAGUUUGAGCUGAGGAAGCCCCUCGUGCUAUGGUCCCUGAGCCUUGCAGUCUUCAGUACAUUCGGUGCUCUUCGAACUGGUGCUUAUAUGGUGUACAUUUUGAUGACCAAAGGCCUGAAGCAAUCAGUUUGUGAUCAGAGUUUCUACAAUGGACCUGUCAGCAAAUUUUGGACUUAUGCAUUUGUAUUAAGCAAAGCACCUGAACUUGGAGAUACAAUAUUCAUUAUUCUUAGAAAACAGAAAUUCAUCUUUCUGCAUUGGUACCACCAUAUCACUGUGCUUCUCUACUCUUGGUACUCUUACAAGGACAUGGUGGCCGGAGGCGGUUGGUUCAUGAUGAUGAACUAUGGGGUGCACGCAGUGAUGUACUCCUACUACGCCUUGCGGGCAGCGGGCUUCCGGGUGUCCAGGAAGUUUGCUAUGUUCAUCACCCUGUCCCAGAUCACCCAGAUGUUGAUGGGUUGCGUAGUUAAUUACCUGGUCUUCUCCUGGAUGCAGCAGGACCAAUGCCACUCUCACGUUCAGAAUAUCAUCUGGUCUUCUCUCAUGUACCUCAGCUACUUUGUACUCUUCUGUCAUUUUUUCUUCGAAGCCUACAUUGGCAAAAUGAGGAAAACAAGGAAGGCUGAAUAGUGUUGGAACUGAGAAGGAAGCCAUUGCUCAGGGUCAUCAAGAAAAAAAAUACAGACAAAAGAAAAUGGCACAAGG